AUGGAGAGAUCAAGAGCUGUUCUCCUCACUCUCGCCUGUGUUUUGUUCUCCAGGACCUCUGGAACAGAAGUGGAGAUGAGAGUCAGACCAGGAGACAACGUGGUCCUCUAUAGUGACUGUGUUUGGAAGAUUGGAAUAACAGUGUGGUUAACAAAUUCCUCCAAUGAGCAGCAGCCUCCUCUUAUUAUAACUCCAGAUGAUUUGAAACAGGGAGCUUUUUCCCAUCAUGCUUUUGUGUGGAAUCACUACAAUGGAACUCAUGAUCUGCUGGUGAAGAACGUCACUGAAUCAGACCUGGGUUUGUACUACUGCGCUCGCCGACAGAGAAAGCUCACUGCAGCUGGAGAUUUACAACAUGUUUACCAUUAUGGAAACAGAACCACUCGACUCGCUCUCCUGGACUCGACUGCUCCUUGUGCUGAUCUCCAGACCCCCUCCACCCCUCCUGUAUCAGACUGUAGCGUCUGCUGGAAGCUGCUGGUCAGUGUGUGUCCUGUGUGUGUUCUCCUGUCCUCCACCUGUCUGUACUGCAUCUACAGACACACAAAUAAAGGUGAGAAAAAUGACCAUGAACUGGAGAACAGGAAAAAAGAGGAUCAGAAAAGAACAACGUAUGAUGAGGUUGGAGGCGAUGAGAUUAUUUACGCUCCGUUGGACGUCAUGAGCAGAGGACAGAAAUGUGUAAAGAAAAACAGAGACCAGCGCUCGGAUAUCUGUACAUAUUCUGAGACGGGAGUUUCAGGCCUGGGUAAAGUAGAGAAACUGAUCCAGGAUCUGAUGUAA